AUGAUCUUAGUUAAAGACUUGCUGUAUGGAUUUGUGGCAAUGUUUGGGUCAUUACUCUCAGGUGUAUCAAUGGGGUUUUCAUCUCCUGUACUAAGGGAACUCGAAAAAAAGUGGGAAAUCUCAGAUUCAGAAAAAUAUUGGUUUAAUUCCAUCACAACACUAAUCGGCAUAUUUGUGCCAUUUCUAUAUUCAUUCAUAUUAUCAAAGGUUGGUAGGAAAAUUGUUUAUUUCUCGAUUUGCUUCUUCUCAUUUUUAACAUAUUCAUGUUUCUUAGCAGUUACAGAAAAACGAUUUUGGUUAGCGAUAUUACUACGUGCUUGUGUUGGCAUCCAGCUUGGUGGAUACAGUACACUAUGUCCGGUACUACUAAUUGAAUUUGCCUCUCCAAAAUCUACCGGAUUUUUUGGUAAUUUACAUCAAAUAGGUAUUGUUGUUGGUAUAGCGUUAAUGUACUUACUAUGCAUGCUGUUCGAUUGGAAAGUUUUAUGCUAUGUUUCCCUUGGAGUUUCGUUAAUUGGUUGCAUCAUCAUAUUUUUUGUUCCUGAGACAAAUCAUUACAGCAAAGAUGGAGCUGAGAAGCUUUUAAUAGAAAGGAACGUCCACAAAAUAGUUGUCAGUGUUGGAAUCAUGAUACUACAACAAUUUUCAGGCAUUGGAUGCAUUCUCAACAACUUAGAUGAAGAUUUAAGAUCUGCAGGUGUUUCUUUUCGUCCCGAAAUUGCAAGUGUUGUUACAAUGGGUUUACAGCUCGUUGGAGUUAUUCUUUGUGGAUUUUUCAUAGAUAGAUUAGGGAGAAGGGUACUUUUCUGUGGUUCAUCAAUAGGAUGUGGUGUCAUCUUAAUUGUUUACUCAACAAUUUUACAAUAUUCGAACGUUGGAUGGUUACCAUUCUUUUUUGUUGCCACUUAUUUAUUCUUUUUCGGACUUGCACUAGGACCAUUACCAUGGUUCAUUGCACCAGAAAUGUUCCAAAAUAAAUGGUCAAUAUCAGCUGCAGCCUGUGUAACAUCAUCUAAUCAAAUUGGUUCUUUAAUUGUCGGUUAUAUAUUCCCAAAGACAAAAGAACUAGUUGGAUUAAGAACAGGAUGCAUAAUGUUUGGAACACUAUGCAUAGUAACAGCACUCUAUGGAAUGAAAUCUUUGGAUGACGAUAUUUUUGUCAUUAAAACCGGAAAAAUCGUCUGGUUUAGUGAUAGUGAAGAUGAUUAUAUCAAUAGUAACACCAAUAUCUAA